AUUUGUCACCUCAUUUUUGUGUAUAUUAUUUAUUGGCAUUAUGUUGAAAUGUGUAAUACAGUGGUCCUUGUAUUUUUUAUUGAAGUGUCAGUAAUAUGGUGUGUGGAAUUAGACCAGAUCGACUGCGGUGUCGAUCAUGAGCCUGGUGUAAGGUUGGGUGACGUGGAGUUAACUGAGUAUCCGUGGUUAGGGAUACUAUACUAUUCUAAUUACGGAGAUGUCGGCGAGAGUAGAGCGGUGGCGACUGUCGCACUCAUACAAGAAGAGUUCGUGGUAGCAGUAGCAGCUGAUAUUGGACCCAUGCCUAAACGUAACUUUAGAGCAAAUUCACGGGUUCUUCUCGGCGAGGACUGGUCUGCUGAGGGUCGGCGCAUCAGAAAUUACGUGCUGCAUCCUGAAUAUGGUGAAACCUAUAACACCAUAGCACUGGUUCAACUGAAAGACCCCGUUAGAGAACGUAAUAUAAAACCACUCUGUGCUCCGCCCGAUUUGCUGAGGAAUCCUGAAUUUUAUGUAGUCAAGUUCAAAGAUGAUUACAACCAGUUACAGAAAGAAGUACUGCCCGUGUCACACAUACCAAGUAACAUGUGUAGAGAUUUCUACGUAACGGCAAAUCUGUAUGCUCGUAAGAUGCGGCCACCGCACGUGGCGUGUGCGGUGUGUAUGCAGACGACGCGGCCGUGCGUGUGGCAGGCCGGCACUGCACUUGUCAGUCGGGACGUGUGGGGACGGUGGCAACUGCUGGGUCUGGGCGUCCGCGGACCUGGCUGCGGCGCCCCGUCCCGCUACCUGGACAUGAUGAGCUACUACCCCUGGAUAGAGGCCAGCCUCAGCAAGUUCCAGAGAAUUACCAUCUCUAAAAUAUCCAAGCAGAAGUAUGUCCUGCGCUCUAACGGUGGUUCGAACAUUCAGCGUUUCGGUGACUGCGAUCCUGAGGAGACCCAGAACUUGGCGUAUCGGGAAUCAAUCGUGCUACGAACCGACAACACCCAGUACCAGUUCCUCACAUACAACAUGACCAUAUAUGAGCAUAUGGAGUACACCUGCCUGACCCUGGAGCUGGUGAACGCAUCAGCUACCUCAGAGAUGCGUGUGAAGCAUUAUUGUCCGCGGUACGGAUAUGGUCCUGCCUGCCACACUUAUAAAGGUUCUACCUUCGAUAUAUCGGUAUAUUUAAUAUUUUCUGAUCGCUGCUUCUUCGAAAUGUUCGCGUGGGGCUUCCAGAAGAACAUGACCUUGUUAGACAUCCAGGAGUGGAAAUGGGAGGAGGGGACCUACUACGAGGACUUCUCCAUGACCAGAGCUGAGUACAGGGGGCCGUCGCACAUGACCGAGUUCGGAUACGAACCGCUGGAUGAGAAGAUGUGGGUGCCCGAGUAUGACAUCUGGACCACAACCGAGUAUGAUAACACUACUAGACCUACUACCACUCCACCGGCGGGAAAAGAAGAAAUAGGCACAGAAUCUGCAGGCCGGAUAGAAGGGAAGGCCGGAACCACCUCGAUACCUUUCAACGAUACCUCAGACACGGAUUCCGAGUUCAUCUUCGGUAUACGGUGGUGAAAGGUGAUGAGACGUCGUGCAGUGAUGAAUUCCAUCAUCGACAUUCAUCAUAAAAUCAUAUCUGUUGCGAUAUGAAUGGUCAUGCUAUGGAAAUGGAAUGGAAAAAAAGUGCUACAUAUAAUACAUAAAUAUAUAUUUUUUUGUAAAUACAUACAAAAAAUAUAUAGAAAACACCCAGACCGAUACAAUCAUACUCAUGAAUACAAAUGAGUGUGCCGUGCGAGGAAUCGAACCCGCGACCAUUGCUAGUAAAGCGAUGUGCUAGACCGCUAAACCACAGAGGUCGUCAAC